AGUAAAUUAAAUACUAGUCCAAUGCAAGUUAUAUAAAUGAUGUAGUUAGCUCAUUAGAGAUGUAUAUAAUUAGCAUCUAUCACAAUCAAGGAGUUUCAUUCAGAAGAACACAGAAACAAGCACAAGAACAAGAACAACUAUGUCAUCAGAAUCAGCAGCUAAAGUUACUUCCAUUUUCGUGUACCCUGUCAAAUCAUGCCGUGGAAUUUCAGUUUCUCAUGCUGCUCUUAGUCCUUAUGGAUUUAGAUGGGAUCGAAAUUGGUUGGUGGUGAAUGAAAGAGGGAGAGGAUACACUCAAAGGGUUGAGCCAAGGCUUGCUUUGGUUGAAGUUGAAAUGCCAACUGAGGCAUUUGAUGAAGGCUGGGAGCCUACAAAGGAUUCUUUUAUUGUGUUGAAAGCACCUGGGAUGCAACCUCUCAAAAUUAGCUUGUGUAAAGAACAUGAAGUAGCAGAUGGUGUUUCUCUAUGGGAUUGGAGUGGAUCUGCCUGGCAUGAGGGACCAGAAGCAGCAAAGUGGUUCUCAGAUUAUUUAGGAAAAACCAGUGCACUGAUUCGCUUCGAUAUCGAGUCACAGGCUAGACUCGCAGAUCCGGAAUACUAUCAUAAUAAACAAAAGGUCCUUUUUACUGAUGGUUAUCAAUACUUAAUUGCAUCUCAGGGAUCAUUGGAUGUAGUAAACCAGCAUGCUUCAGAACCCAUACCUAUAAAUCGUUUUAGAGCCAAAUUCUGGAAAUGUCAUCA